CACACCUGACAUAAACCAAUUGUGAAAGAGAAAAGAUACAAACAUUUCAACAGGUCUGAAAUAGCCAGUUUUUCUGGUAAUUUGGUUAAAAAUUCAAGAAUCAAUUUAUUUGAGGAUCAUCUUAUCCACGAGUAUAUAGUGGAUCACUGGAUUCAAACCCAAUUAUUUGGCUCAAUGAAAGGAAGGUCUCCUCUGGAGGCAGUUUCUGUUUCCUUUAAGAUUUCUAUUUCUCUUUUAUGGGAAAUGUAAUAUUCUGCCCUUUUCAUUCAGUAUUUCAUUCUUCUAGGUGAGGGGUGGGUGCUGCCUUUCUACAAAGGAAAGUGGUGGAGAUGAAGCUAGAAUAUUAAGCAGAAAUCAAACAGCUGCCAGAAUGUUGGGCAAUGUGAUAUAUUUUCCUUUGGGAAGUGGAUGUCUUCACUUGGCGUGUUUCAUGCAAGUGUUUGUGUACCUCAGAACAGGCAGUUGCUGUGGCUGGUGGAGUGGUAACUGGACUUCUGCUUCUGGUCCUUUUGGGGAUAGCUGCCUACCUCUUCUGGAAGAGCAAAUAUCUCAAGGCCUCUUAUGAAGAACUGACUGAUCCGGUCACCUCAAUUUUGCAAGAGCCAGAUGUUGCUCAAUCAACCUUGGUUCCUCCUCAAAAUGCCAGAACAAAGAGUGUUCCUUUCAUUGUCCCACCCAAAUUUCACCGACAAGGGUGGACCGAUAUGCUAAGCGGAGAACCAAUUCAAGAGGAGAGCGAGCUUUAUGUGACCCCAGACUCUGGACCCCGAUCCUCUUUCCAUUCUUUAGCUGGAGCGUACCUUGUAGGGACCAUAAAUCCAGAACUCUACCGCUUUCCAGAAGACAAGAGUGAGACGGACUUUCCAGAAGGAAACAUUGGUCGGCUUUGGUUCUCCGUGGAAUAUGAGAAAGAGUCAGAAAGGCUCCUGGUGUCCUUGAUUAAAGCCCGAAAGCUUCAGCCUCCUUCUGGUUCCUGCAACCCCUUGGUGAAGAUCUACCUGCUCCCUGACGAGAGGCGUUACUUGCAAUCUAAAACAAAACACAAAAAUCUCAAUCCUCAGUUUGAUGAGAAUUUUGUGUUCCAGAUUUCGAACACUGUUAUAUUUCAGAGGACACUGAAGUUCUGUGUCUAUCAUGUUGACAAGCAGAAGAAGCUCAUUCUCCUGGGCCAAGUGGUCUUCCCACUGAAAAAUGAAACUUUGGCUGAAGACGGGAAGGUUGUUGUCUGGAAGGAUUUGGAACCAGAUAAUCUGGAGGUAAGGAAUGAAUGGAAUAUUAAGUUCAUGAGAUGAAUAACCACAUGAUUUGUUUUGGGUUGUUGAUGUUUUUUAGGACAAGUUUGUAAACAAUGAAUUUGACAGAUCCUGACAUAUGUUCUAUGUUGGCUACAAUUCACAGAUUAUUUAGCUUCCUCUGUUAUCGUUUUUAAUUUAAUGCAAUCUGUGAAAUUGCCCAUUUGUGUAUGAGAAACUGUUAUUUUAUAGUUUGGGGAGCUGUGGGUCACAGAGAAUAGAGCAGUCCUUGAGGCUGUUUUUCUUUUGAUUGGUUGGGAACUUUGGAAGGCAGGUCUUUGCUUUCUGAGCUAUGGUAAGUCCAUGUUGGGAGAUACAAGCAUCAAGCAUGUCCUGUCUCAAAAUGAUGAGGAUUUAUUUAUUUUAUUUGCUUGUUUGUCAAACAUGUACAAGAUAACAAGUAG